AUGACGAUGGUUAUGACGAAGUACACAAGAAAACUGACACCAAAUAGUGAAACAUAUCGCAGCGAAUUGAUGCGCUUCGGAAGGGACAGUGGCAGCAUGAAUAGGAAGAAAAUGAUGCAUGUGACAACACGGUUCCAGCUCAAUGUGGCCCAAUAUCCAGUCACGGAGUCAUCUUUCAGAAAAGCGGACAUAAGGUCACUGAUUGAUAUCACGUAUGCAAUGCAGGCACCGAAGCACUUCACAAACAUAACAAUGGCCGUGAAGAUGUCACCACCACGCCCAAACAAGGACCGAGCCAUUGCCUCAUAG